UCCUUCAGACUGGUGGAAGAAGUGAAAGAGCUGUGUGAUGGUGUGGAAUUAGAAAAUGAAGACAUUUACAUGGCAACAACCUUCAAGGACUUCAUCCAAUUGUUAGUGAGAAAGCUUCGAGGGGAUGACAAAGAGAGCGAGUGCAUCAUUGACUACGUGGAAAAAGCAGUGAACAAGCUGGUCCUCCAAAUGCCUCACCAACUUUUCAUUGGGGGCAAGUUUGUGGAUGCUGAGGGUGCCAAGACCUAUGACACUAUCAACCCGACAGAUGGAAGUGUUAUCUGCCAGGUGUCCCUGGCCCAGGCCAGCGAUGUUGACAAGGCAGUGGCUGCUGCAAAAGAGGCCUUUGAGAACGGAUUGUGGGGGAAGAUCAGCGCGCGGGACCGGGGCCAGCUCCUGUACAGGUUGGCAGACCUCAUGGAAGAGCAUCGGGAAGAGCUGGCCACCAUUGAGGCUCUGGAUGCAGGUGCUGUCUACACACUGGCCCUGAAGACCCAUGUGGGCAUGUCCAUCCAGACCUUCCGCUACUUUGCUGGCUGGUGUGACAAGAUCCAGGGCUCCACCAUCCCCAUCAACCAGGCCAGACCCAACCGAAACCUGACCUUGACCAGGAAGGAGCCAAUUGGGGUCUGUGGCAUUAUUAUCCCCUGGAACUAUCCCCUGAUGAUGCUCUCCUGGAAGACAGCUGCCUGCCUGGCUGCUGGGAACACAGUGGUGAUCAAGCCUACCCAGGUGACCCCACUCACAGCCUUGAAGUUUGCAGAGCUGACCUUGAAGGCGGGCAUUCCCAAGGGUGUGGUCAACAUCCUCCCAGGAUCUGGCUCAUUGGUUGGCCAGAGACUCUCAGACCAUCCCGAUGUGCGGAAGAUUGGGUUCACAGGCUCCACAGAGGUGGGAAAGCAUAUCAUGAAAAGCUGUGCCCUGAGUAACGUGAAGAAAGUGUCCCUGGAGCUAGGUGGGAAGUCACCCCUUAUCAUCUUCGCUGACUGUGACCUCAGCAAGGCUGUGCAGAUGGGGAUGAGCUCCGUCUUCUUCAACAAAGGCGAGAACUGCAUUGCAGCGGGCCGGCUCUUCGUAGAGGACUCAAUACAUGACCAGUUUGUGCAGAAGGUGGUAGAAGAGGUGCAGAAGAUGAAGAUUGGCAAUCCUCUUGACCGGGACACCAACCAUGGGCCACAGAAUAACCAAGCCCACCUACAGAAGCUAAUAGAGUAUUGCCAGCGUGGUAUUAAGGAAGGAGCCACACUGGUCUGUGGUGGAAAACAAGUCCCUCGGCCAGGUUUCUUUUUCGAGCCAACUGUUUUCAUAGAUGUGGAGGACCACAUGUUCAUAGCCAAAGAAGAGUCCUUUGGACCUGUCAUGAUCAUCUCUCGGUUUGCCAGUGGUGACGUGGACACUGUGCUGUCCCGAGCCAAUGCCACAGAAUUUGGCCUGGCCUCUGGUGUUUUCACCAGGGACAUCAGCAAGGCCCUAUACGUCAGUGAGAAGCUGGAGGCAGGCACCGUGUUUAUCAACACAUACAACAAGACUGAUGUGGCCGCUCCCUUCGGAGGAUUCAAGCAAUCUGGAUUUGGCAAAGACCUGGGAGAGGCGGCCAUGAAUGAAUACCUGAGAAUCAAGACAGUUACUUUUGAGUACUGAAGAAAGGUCUCGUGAAAAGAAAGCCUCCAUCUCACAUUCCACAACCUGACCUGCCUCCCCUGGCAACCUUAUUGUCCUUCUUGCCCCUGCCUGGGUACGCAGUUCCUCCACCUAAAGUGGCCAGUAGUAGCCUCCUGCCUCCAAUCCCUGUUCCUAUCUCUGCCCAGGACCCUAGCCCCCCCAACUCCAAUCAGAGUGACAUUUGGCUUGGUGAGAACAUGGCCUCAUGGUGAAUAAAGUUUUUGACCAGCAGUAA